GUAAAUAUCGUUUUAUAUACUGUAUAUAAAAAACAAAAAAAAUUAACAUGUCAAAACUUAAUAAAGAUAUACUUUUCUUAAUAUUCGAGGAGUUAAAAGAUGAUAAAGAUUCUCUAUUUUCUUCAAUUUUGGUUAAUAAAAAUUGGUGUGAAGUCGCAAUUCCAAUCUUAUGGAAAGAUCCUUGGAAAAAUCUUAUUAAAGAGAGAUUAUUAUUAGAAACAGUUGUUUCAUUUUUAACGAAUGAAUCAAGAGAUUAUAUGAUAAGUCAUGGUUUAAAUCUUUUAAUAAAACCAGAUAAACCACCUUUGUUUAAUUAUAUUAGUUUUUGCAGAUAUUUGAAUUUACAUAAAUUAGAAAGAAUAAUUUAUACUAUCCGAAAUAUUAAGGAAGAAAUUAAAUGGUCAAUGAUUAGUGAGGAAAUAUUCAAAUUGUUUAUUAAUAAAAAUAAUAGAUUUACUCAUCUUAUUAUACCAUACGGAUAUAAACGUCAAAUUCAAUAUCUUUCGGGGUUUGAACAUUGUUUUUCGGAACUUGAAUCUCUUCGUUGUGACGUAAAGACAAAUCAGGGAUUUUUAAAUGGAUUGGCUCAAGUUUGUAAAUCAAUCAAAAAAUUGGUGGUGAAUGUUAGAGUAAUUAAUAAACCUGGAAUAAUUGAUCUUAUUGAAGCUCAAACAAAAUUAGAAGAUGUUCGAUUUGUAUUUGAUCUCAUGACCAGAAGGAUCGAUGACAUUUUAUUUUAUAGAAUUUGUGGGAAAUCAUUGGUUAAACGUGCGAAUACUAUUCGUCAUUUACAAGUUAAUAAUGAAUUAAUUCCAAAUUUAUCAUCAUAUGUUAAUUUAAUAAGUUUGGAAAUAGGUACUCAUGAACAUAAUGCUUCUUGGAAUAAUUUGGAAAAUGUUUCUUUACCAUCUUUACGAAUAUUAAAAGCUCAUAAAGUACCAACAAAUAUUUUAGUAAAUUUUAUUGAAAAUAAUAAAGGAAUUCUUUUAGAAAUUAAAAUUUCUGACAUAUCAUUUGAAGUUCAUACAAAAAAAUUAAUACAAGCAAUUUAUAAUAAUUGUCCUAACCUUCAAUACCUUGAAUUAAUAAUUAAUGAUGAUGAUAUAUUAGAAUUGGAAAAUUUAUUAAUUAAUUGUAGACAUUUAGAUGGAUUGAUUUUAAAUGUUUUUAAUAUUAAUACAGAUGAAAUGGGUUGGGAUAGAUUAUUUGAAAUAUUAAUUAAAAGGGCUUCAAAGAAUUUAUUCAAAUUUAAAUUCAUUCAUCGUACUACAAUUAAAUUUGAAGCUUUAAAGAAUUUUUUUGAAAAUUGGAAGAAUAGAAAACCUAUGUUAUUACAUUUUAUUGAAAUGUUUCAUUUAUCUAGUAAACAUUUAAGUUUGAUAGAAUCUUUUAAGAAGAAGGGAAUUAUUAAAAUUUUUUAUCAUGAUAAAUUCUCUUAUGGUUUUGAUGAUUUUGAAUGGAUUAAAACUGUCUCUUAUACACAUCUAGAUGUGUAUAAGAGACAAAUAUUAUAUAUAUAA